AUGGACAGGACAUUAGAAAGUUGGAACAAUGUUGUCCGAACCUUAAGCAAAGUCAUUUCUAGUCAUCCAGAUAAAUGCUUAGCAGUGCUCAGUUUGAGUUACCACCACUUGCCUAAUCAACUCAAAGCUUGCUUUCUUUCUAUGAGUAGUUUCCCAGAGGAUUUUCAGGUUGAGACUCAAAGAUUGAUCUACUUAUGGAUUGCAGAAGGUUUCAUAAGGAGUUCCGAAAAUGGUAAAAGUUUGGAGGAAGUGGCAAUGGAUUAUUUGGAGGACCUUAGUAGCAGGAACUUGAUAAUGGUCAGAAAAAGGAGAUUGAAUGGUGAGAUAAAAACAUGUGGAAUACAUGAUAUACUGCGUGAGUUCUGUUUGAUAGAAGCUGAAAUGACAAAGCAUAUGCAUGUUGAGAGAAUAAUGGUAUUGGUAAUUUUCAGUAAAGUUUUAAUGUUCUCAUCAUUUCCACUUGUGAUUACAAAGUUGUUUCAUUUGAGAUAUCUCCAAGUUCCAUUUCACCAGAAUAUUCCUGAAUCAAUCUCAGAGCUUCAGAAUUUGCAAACUCUAAUUUGUAGUGGUUAUUCUCUCGAGUCUAUAAGUUUACCUGUGAAGAUAUGGACGAUGCAGAACUUAAGGUAUAUACGUCUAUGGGCAGCCACUUCUUUACCCAGCCCUAGAAGAGAAAGUAUUCUAAAUAAGCAUCUUGUGACAAGGAUGCCAAAUCUAGAGGAAUUUUCUGGUCUUUCUUGCACCAGUUGUACAAAUGAAGUAUUUUCUGGCAUUCCCGAUCUAAGGAGAUUGAUCAUUCAAGUACCUUUACUCUUUGACAAGUAUUUACCCAAUGAAGUCAUGGAUAUAUCCAUUUUGAGAAAACUCAAAGCAUUCAAGUGUUAUUACUGGAAACAUAGUUGGACAAUGUGUAUCUCCAUCAAGAGUUCUGUUUUUCCAACAUCACUUAAGAGGUUGACUUUAAGUAGGUGUUAUCUUUUUCCUUGGGAAGACAUAUCAUCAACUCUCAUCAUGUUGCCAAAUCUUGAAGAGUUCAAACUUAAAGAUUGUAAAGCUAGGGAUGAUAUAGGGAGAUAG